GAACACCUCCCCUCUGCACCUGCAUCUCUGACCGACUCCGCCCAAAACCCACCAGAAACAUGGGCUGCUGUGGCUGUUCUGGAGGCUGUGGCUCCAGCUGUGGGGGCUGCGGCUCCAGCUGUGGGGGCUGCGGCUCCAGCUGUGGGGGCUGCGGCUCCAGCUGCUGUGUGCCCGUGUGCUGCUGCAAGCCCGUGUGCUGCUGCAAGCCCGUGUGCUGCUGUGUGCCAGCCUGUGCCUGUUCCAGCGGCGGCUCGUGUGGGGGCUCCAAGGGAGGCUGUGGCUCCUGUGGGGGCUCCAAGGGGGGCUGUGGCUCCUGUGGGGGCUCCAAGGGGGGCUGUGGCUCCUGUGGGGGCUCCAAGGGGGGCUGUGGCUCCUGUGGGGGCUCCAAGGGGGGCUGUGGCUCCUGUGGCUCCUGUGGCUGCUGCCAGUCCAGCUGCUGCAAGCCCUGCUGCUGCCAGUCCAGCUGCUGCCAGUCCAGCUGCUGCAAGCCCUGCUGCUGCCAGUCCUGCUGCUGCAAGCCCUGCUGCUGCUCUUCCGGCUGUGGGUCCUCCUGCAGCCAAUCCAGCUGCUGUGUCCCCGUUUGCUGCCAGUGCAAGGUCUGAGGCUCUGGCUGAUGGCCUCAGGGAACUCCGAAAGACCUGUGCUUGCCCUCAAGUGACUAUAGGUACAUCCUGGUUACACCCCCCCCCAAAAAAACACACAAAGCCCGCCCCCCAAACACUUCCUCUCCACUUGCUGGAUCCCUCCAGUGUCUUGGCUUAGACUUUGCCCCCAGCCCUUGUGGCAAAGCAAUGGACUACUCUCAUACACAUUCCCUACAAAGGCGAUCCCAUCCUGCAGGCCCUUUGGCCUCUCCUACGGCCAUGCCUUCAUGCCUGAGCCACACUACCUGGAAAAGGCCCACAGGGCCAGGACGUGGCCCAGAUCCCCCUCUCUCAUCAUUCUCUGUGGCAAAGCAACACAUCCUUGCUCUCCUCUGCUUGCUAGGAGCUUGAUGGCAUUGGCAUCGCAAUGUCUCCUGGAAGCUGCCUCACUAACACAGGUGUGUUAAGAUCCAACGGGUCUUGGUGCACCAUCCCCAUAAGUGGUAAAUAAACUCUCC